GCCUGUAGCUGGGCCGACCGUACCCUCUCCACGCCGCGCUUCGGAACCGACAACAGCUUGCCGGAACUUGGAUGGAAACACAUAUCCCUACUAGUGCGUCCUGAGUGCCCAAGUCCAGUACAAAGUGCACGUACUGUGGUGGCGGUGUGGCCUGCCGUACGUGUAUCGUGGCGUGUGGGACUGCCUGUGUCUUUCCGUGCUUCUGUUCGGCAGUGGAGCUUGGCUGAUAGGGAUCUGUUGUUGACGGUCGCCGCGGCUUGUAUGUUCUCCCAACACAACAGCACACCACGAACGCUGUCCCAGGAUCAAGGAUAUUUUUGCCGUGGCCCUCGUGUACCGGGUUGCCUUUCCAGGACAGGCGGACGUCGGUUGGUGUAGGGCCCGCUUGGAACCUGCUACCCUCCCCGUGUUCGUGACUACGGACUUGACCAAGCCAGUAGAACCAGCUGUACUCUAGGUACAACCCACCUCGACCCAGGUUUGUGGCGGUGCCAGGCAGCUGUAGACCCUGUCUCAAUACUUGAGGACGGUGCAGUAGCCCUGCGGCGAGUGGCCGACCGACUUGGCGUACAACGGUAAUCGACUGCACAUGAGACCAACACUUCUGUAUCACCGAGAACGCUACUGAACGACACAGGUCUAACACUCUGGAAUUUCAGCAACAGGAACAGACGAGACGAGAGGAGAUUUGGAGAGGAAAUUCCACCAGAUAGUUGUGAGGAAAUCUCAGUUUACGACCUCUAUGGGAUUUCUGGAUUGACACUGCGUGUUGUUCAAAGGAAACCGUAACUUGCCUGUGGAAAAUUCCCCUGGACACUUUGCUCAUCUCAACAGAACAACCGUCGCGGGUUGGACUACAACCGAUCUACGUGCGAGAGUUGAGAGCUACCUUUCACCUAUCGCAGGUGAAACUUAGGACCAAGUUCUGAUACAGACGGAUUGUACUAAGGGUGACCGCUAUCUUAAACUGUGGUACCGGGCUUCCUCCAGAGUACAUUCCUAACUCAGUGACAACAGAAAGGACUGACACAGGAUCAAGGACACACGUACAUUCCUCAAACCGUAAGAAAACAAAAAGGACUUUUGGUACCUCCGUCCCAAGUACCACGCGCGUGAUACCACGGUGUAAAAGAUGGCGGUACAAGUGAGUCUGAGGGUACUGCGGGUGCUGGUGACACUGCUGUCCUGUUACACACACCUGGGCAGAGUAAGGGCCACCUGGUGGCAAAUGGCAGUGGAUUCGAGAUUAUACAGCCUGUCUCGGGCGGAACUGUACAUAAUCGGGGCUCAGCCGCUGUGCACGACGCUGGCGGGACUGUCUUCAGGACAGAGAAAACUGUGUAACCUGUAUCAGGACCACAUGUCGUCUGUGGGCAUCGGGGCCAGACAGGGGAUAGAGGAGUGUCAGCACCAGUUUAGGGACCGGAGAUGGAACUGCACCACGUCGGAUGAGGACUCCGUCUUCGGCAGGAUAGUCAAUAUAGGCAGCAGAGAAGCCUCCUUCACGUACGCCAUAGCCGCGGCAGGUGUAGUCAACGCCGUCAGCAGAGCAUGCCGGGAAGGCGAGCUGACCACCUGCGGCUGCAGCAGAGCGAAGAGACCGAAGGACCUGAACAGAGACUGGCUGUGGGGAGGGUGUGGGGACGACGUGGAAUAUGGGUACUACUUCGCGCGAGAGUUCGUGGACGCUCAAGAGAAGGAGAUCAUCCCGACGCCUGGGUCCCAUGCGCACGCGCGGCAGAUGAUGAACAUGCACAACAACGAAGCUGGCAGAAAGCUCACGUUCAAUAACGCGAGAGUUGCCUGCAAGUGCCACGGUGUUUCCGGCUCCUGUAGUCUGAAGACGUGCUGGCAGCAGCUGGCAGACUUCAGGACGGUCGGCAACCUGUUGAAGGACAAGUACGACGGCGCCAACGAGGUCAAACUCGUCAAGAGGGGCAAGCGGUACCGCUUGGAUCGCCGCAACCCCAAAUUCAACGUCUUCACGGAUGAGGACCUGGUGUACCUGAACAGAUCUCCCGACUACUGCAACGCGGACCCGACCAUAGGUUCACUGGGAACACACGGCAGAGAGUGCAACAAAACCGGGCUGGGCACGGACGGGUGUAACCUCAUGUGCUGCGGGAGAGGGUACAACACGUUCAAACGGGAAAAGGUCGAGCGGUGCAACUGCAAGUUCCACUGGUGUUGCUACGUCAAAUGCAAACGGUGUCGGUCAAUAGAAGACGUCUACGUAUGCAAAUAGCAGAGGCGCAAAUUGUACAGACUUUUAAGUUUUGUAUCAUUGGAAGAAGAAGAAGAAAAAACUCUUUUUAUUAUCAUCUUGUUUGGCCUUUAUGGGGUCAAAAUGUACAGAAGACGGAUAUUCUAUUAUUGUAUCAAAAAAGGUUCCUUCGGAGUAUUAAUACAUACACGUGCGCGCUAACUUCAAAGUAGGUUCUAGAAUAUGUCGUAUUAGAAGCUGGCAGAAACUAUUUAUUGGAACAGUGAUGAGGCUGUGGACAACACGUGGAUUUCAGUGAGAGGUACAAGGGGGCUUCCUGUGCGAAAUUCAGGGUACAGACAGUACAGAAUCACCGCUAUCACAAACAGUAUUGUGUAGACACAAGUAUGGCGGUACUACA